AUGUGGAGUGGCCAUUGGCUUGCUGAGCCACCUCCUUCUCAUCAGCUCCAUCUCAGCUGGUGGUUGUGGCAAUGUGGGGACUGCUGAUGGCUUCCAUAAGACUGGUGGGUCUGGUGCUGAACCUCUGGGAGAUCCAACUCUGGUACCGUCACUUCUCCAACACUGUCCCUGCCUGGUUCAGCUGCUGAAGAAGGGGCAGGCUGGAAAACUGACAUCCAUGGGAGAAGAGGUGUUGGUUGGACUGAAUUCUUUGAUGGUGCAACUUCCUGGGAGCCAGCAGGGAUGGGAGGAGGGACCAGCUCGAGCUUGUUUGGCUGAGGGCAAAGCUAGGGAGAGAGGUUCCACUGAGUCAGCUCUCUGGUGCUCCACCUUGGGGAGAAGAUAAACUGGUUGGGAUGCUGCACCAGUGACAUCAGGUUAGGAGGAGGUGCAGAGUGUGUGGAAACUUAUUUGUGGCACAGGGUAAUCUGGGUGAAAUUUUCUUCAUCCUUAUCUUCUGUAGCUGCAGCUGGGCAGAGGGCAGGCUCUGUAGUGGGAGGGAGCAGAAAGAGCUGGGUAAAAGAAAAACCCUCAGAAUCUCAGAGAGGCUUGAACCUUGGAGGGAGAAGGGAGACGAUCAAGCACUGACUACAUCUCUACCCUGGGGCACAUCGGUUAAAGUCAACGUGUUUUCACAGCUGUUGAAUUGCCUCCUCCGGAUCUCCUCAAUUUCAAGAAGGGAUGGAUGUCCAUCCUGGACGAGCCAGGAGAGUGGAAGAAACAUUGGUUCGUGCUGACCGACUCGAGCCUGAGGUAUUACCGGGACUCGAACGCAGAGGAGGCUGAUGACCUUGAUGGAGAAAUCGACCUCCGGUCCUGCACGGAUGUGACAGAGUUUGCGGUGCAGCGCAACUACGGCUUCCAGAUACACACAAAGGAUGCCGUUUACACCCUGUCAGCGAUGACCUCUGGCAUCAGGCGCAACUGGAUCGAGGCCCUGAGGAAGAAUGUGCGCCCAGUCAGUGCUCCAGACGUCACCAAACUCCCAGACUGUGACAAGGAGAACUUCCGUAACUCUGUUCCCCAGAAAGGCUCACUCCGGAUGGAGGAGCCGCAGCGCCCGGGCUCAAGCUCCGAGGGGAACUCAAAGGGCAGUCACUGGAAGGCGGAUGGGCAGCGCCAUGCCUUUGACUAUGUGGAGCUGUCUCCCUUGCCACAAGACCCUGGAAAUCAGGGGUCCCUGCAGAGGACGAAAGGCAGCCUGAGGAUCUCCGACCGGACUCCCAAAUAUGAGGAGCUGGAGCGGGAUCUGGCCAUCCGUUCAGAGGAGAGGCAGAAAUGGUUCGAGACCCCCGAUGGCAGGGUCCCAAACAGCGAUGGCCCAGCAGGAGACCCCUCCCGCAAGGCUGGGGAGCAGGACCUCCCCACUCCUCCGCUUUCGGAGGAUCAACGGAUUCGUCUGAAUGAGGAGAUAGAGAAGAAGUGGCUGGAGCUGGAGCGCCUGCCCUUGAAGGACUUGCGGCGGGUGCCCUUGACAACACUGCUGAACCAGAGCAAGGGGGGCCAGGGAGACACCAAUGAGGCGCUGAAAAAGGAGAUCCAGUCACUGCGGGCACAGCUGGAGUCCUGCCGGGCCAGAAAUGAGAGCCUUAGGGAGGCAGCAAAGUCCCAGGGGGACAGCCACGUGCCCCGAGGCUACAUCUCACAGGAGGCCUGUGAGCGCAGCCUGGCUGAGAUGGAGUCAUCCCACCAGCAAGUGAUGGAGGAGCUGCAGAGGCACCACCAGCGGGAGCUGGAGCGCCUGCGGCAGGAGAAGGAGCGGCUGCUGGCAGAGGAGGCGGCAGCAACGGCAGCAGCCAUUGAGGCACUGAAGAAAGCCCACCGGGAGGAAAUGAAUAAGGAGCUGGGCAGGACACGGAGCUUCCAGCAAUGCAGCUCGCUCCCAGAAGCUCUCCAGAAGCAGCACCAGUUGGACAUGGAGUCGCUGAAGCGGGAGCUGCAGGUGCUUUCUGAGCAGUAUUCCCAAAAGUGCCUGGAAAUUGGCGAGCUCACCCAGAAGGCAGAAGAGCGGGAGCAGAUACUGGAGCGCAGUCAGCGGGAGGGGAAGGACCUCCUCCAGAAAAAUCAGGAGCUGCAGACCCGCCUCUCGGAUGAGAUCGGGAAGCUGCGAAGCUUUAUUUCAUCACGGGGCUCUGGGGACCGCGCUUCACACAACAAUGAACGGAGUUCCUGCGAGUUGGAGGUGCUGCUGCGGGUGAAGGAGAACGAGCUCCAGUACGUAAAGAAGGAGGUGCAGUGCCUCCGGGAGGAGCUGCAAAUGAUGCAAAAGGACAAGAGAUUUGCCUCAGGGAAAUACCAAGAUGUCUAUGCUGAGCUGAAUCACAUUAAGGUGCGCUCGGAGCGAGAGAUCGAGCAGCUGAAGGAGCACCUGCGCCUGGCCAUGGCAGCUCUGCAGGAGAAGGAGUCACUGUGCAACAGCAAGUAAUGGUCUGCUCUACGUUUGUUAUCUGUUCUUGUUUUGUAUUUGCUCCAUUCCUCACUUGUGGGGAGAGGGAGGUUGAAUCCCCAUCCAUUACCACCUUGGUGAGGAAUCCCACACACCCCCAACCUCCUCACUCCACUCCCAAAGCUUUUUUGAUGAACCCUUUUCGCCUGCAUACCUGAGCACGUUGUUUGGACUGGCUCCUUACAUGCACCUUCUUCAGGAUUUUAUAUGUGAAAAUUAUAUUUUAUAGAGGAUUUUUUUUUUUCCCCAUGGAAAGGAGGGGAGGAGGAGGAGGAAAACUUUUACUUACAUCACCAGCAUUUUUCUAACCUGAAAAAGAGGACCUGGUUUUUCCCCCUUUCCUAGCCCCGUUUCUCCUGGCCACACACAGCCACCUUUGGCACAUAUUUCCUCUCUUCCAAAUGUCUCCACUGUCCCCCUGGGAUGUACAGCAAGGACCAUGCUCCCCCUCCCCGUGCCACCCCCAGGGACCUGCAGAGAAGACACGCAAGCCAUAGGAGGGAGCUGCUGGGGCAACCUGCCAUGGAUGUGCUUGCCUGAGACGGUUGAAAGAGGACACCGUGGCAAGAGUCUGCAUGACCGAGCUCUCUCUCUGUGACUGCCCUUUUGGCUCCUGCAAGAACCUGAAUUGGCAGGAGCCCAGAGCCACGGGGCUUCUCCUUUCUGGGGAAGAGGAGCUGUGAGGCUGCUACUGCACCUGCCCGAGCCAACCUCCCCAAGGUAGCAGCUGCUGCUGCUCCGCUGUGCCCUUCAACUUUUAACUUAAUAAAAUCUUCCCCUUUUGCUGAGAAAAA